GGGGACCGGGGGGCUCGGGGCCGCUGUGCAGCGCGGGCGCACCCGGGUGCUGCGGGAGCGCGCGUCCCGGCAGCCGCUCACUGCCCUGGGGAGCAGCCCCGCACCCCCGCACCCUGCACCCUGCACCCUGCACCCCGGCUGCUGCGCGGCCCGCGAGGUCACCCCUGCACCCCGCGGUGCUGUGCUGCCCGUGGGACACACGUGUCACUGCCGCAGGGUCACCCCUGCACCCCGGCUGCUGCACCCUCCUCCUGCGGCCAUCCCCACGGGCGCCCAGGUCCGUGCAGCCCGUGUCCCCACUCCCGCGGGCUGGCCCUGCUGAGCACAGCCGGCUAUUUUUGGGCCGCGGCCCCCGCCCGGCAGUGCCAGGGGCCCCGCGUCACGGGGGCGGCCGGGCCCGGCGCCUCGGUGUCGGCUCCAUUGCGGCCGGUGCACGGGGAGCAGCAGCGGCGCAGCCCGGCACAGCUCGGCACGGCACGGCUGAGCCCCCGGCGUGCAGACGGGGACAGAUGGCUGGCGGCAUCUUCUCCCCGCUGGGGAGCUGCUCGGAGCUGGAGAAGGCCAACUGCCACCCGCUGGUGUGCCUGCUGUGCCAUGAGCCCUACCAGCACCCCUGCCUGCUCGACUGCUACCACAACUUCUGCGCCAGCUGCCUGCGGGGCCGCGCCAGUGACGGCCGCUUGUGCUGCCCACUCUGCGGGCACCCCUCGGUGGUGAGGGGGGGCACAGGCCUGCCCCCCGUGGACCGGCUCCUGCAGUUCCUGGUGGACAGCUCGGCCGACGGCGAGGAGGACGUGCAGUGCGCCAACUGCGACCGGUGCUGCGCCAAGGCGGAGCUGGACACCAUGUACUUCUGCAACACCUGCGGGCAGCCCCUCUGCGCCCCAUGCCGCGAGGAGACCCACCGCGCCAAGAUGUUCGCCCGCCACGAGAUUGUCUCCCUCUCCAAGCGCACCAAGGACAUCCACAAGAAGUGCCCGCUGCACGAGGAGCCCUACAUCAUGUUCUCCACCGAGAAGAAGUCCAUGCUCUGCAUCAACUGCUUCAGGGACAUGCAGGGGGAGAGCCGAGCGCACUGCAUCGACAUCGAGACGGCGUACAUGCAGGGCUGCCAGCGGCUGGACCAGGCGGUGAUGGCCGUGAAGGAGCUGCAGACCUCCACACGCGAGGCCAUCGUCCUCCUCAAGGCCAUGAUCGAGGAGGUGCGCAACAGUGCCAGCGAGGAGGAGGCGGCCAUCAACUCCCUCUUCGGCCGCAUGCAGGAGCAGCUUUCUGAGAGGAAGAAGACGCUCCUGAAAGCUGUGCAGAGCCAGCACGAGGAGAAGGAGAAGGCGUUCAAGGAGCAGCUCGCCCACCUGGCCUCCCUGCUGCCCACCCUGCAGGUGCACCUGGUGACCUGCUCAGCCUUCCUGAGCUCCGCCAACAAAGCCGAGUUCCUGGACCUGGGCUACCAACUGAUGGAGCGGCUGCAGCGGAUCGUGAAGCUGCCGCACCGCCUGCGGCCGGCACAGACCAGCAAGAUCAACAGCGAGUACCGGGCAGAGUUCGCCCGCUGCCUGGAGCCCCUGCUGAUGCUCAGCCCCCGCCGCUCCGUGGUGGGCAGCGCCGGCGGCAUCGGCCCCGGCAUCGCCAGUGCAAACAUGCUCCCAGGUGGCCAAUGCUCCAAGACCCUCAUGGUGCCCGGCUGCCCCCCUGUUGGCGAUAAAAUGUCCACCAGCCCCAUGGUGCGGAAGCCAACAAUGCACCGGUACAUCAGCACCAAGGUCCUGCUGGCCGAGGGGCGUGAGACCCCCUUCGCCGAGCACUGCCGCAACUACGAGAACACCUACCGGAUGCUGCAGACGGAGAUCCAGGGCCUGAAGGACCAGGUGCAGGAGCUGCACCGCGACCUCACCAAGCACCACUCGCUCAUCAAGACUGAGAUCAUGAGCGAGAUCCUGCAGAAGUCACUGCAGAUGGACGUGCAGAUUGCCGCUCACUACUCCGCCGUGGAGAUGAUGCGCAGCGUCUUCGAGGAGGUCUGGGAGGAGACGUACCAGCGGGUGGCAAACGAACAGGAGAUCUACGAAGCCCAGCUCCACGACCUGCUGCAGCUGCGGCAGGAGAACAGCUGCCUGACCACCAUCACCAAGCAGAUCGCGCCCUACGUCCGCUCCAUCGCCAAGGUGAAGGAGCGGCUGGAGCCCAGGCUGCAGGAGCCGCGGGAGCCCAAGGAGGAACAGGCGCAGAUGCUGCUCAAGAUCUGCGAUGGCAGCGAAGCGGCGCCAAGGGACGCCCCGUCCAGCAGCACAGCGGGGGCUCCGGCCGGCCCUGGGGAGCACUGUGAGCCCGGAUCCCCCGGAGACCCCUCCCCGGAAAGCACAGACUGCUGCGGGGGCCGGCAGGGAAGCGGGGCCGGGAGCAGCGCCCGCAAAGAGCUGGUGCCGUAGAACCCGAGAGCGCGGAGCCGCCCGGUGCCCAGAGCCGCGUCCCGGCUGCCGACCGCGCUGCGCCGCGAGCGAGGGCAGAAAACCGCCCGGCCCAGGGCCCUGCUGCGCAGAACGCGGCCCUAGGGUGACUUCAUUAGUCUGAAAAAACACUUGUCCUUGCACCCUCCCUCUCGUGUGUUACAAGUGAAAUAAAAGGGUGCGAGUGUA